CAAAUGCGGAAUAUGCGAUAGCGCCUGUCGGGCUACGCGCUUGCUUAUGAACUUAUGGAUAUUUCUGUACCGUCUGCUGCUGGUUGUGUCAGCUCCUGUAAGCGUACGGGCCAACCAAACGACCCAAGAAGAGUUUUGAACAAAACGAGGGAGGAUCAAUUUGUUGUUGCAUUAUCUGGAUGGAGAGAGCUUCAUGACAACAUUUAACUAGACCGAGAUUCUGAUCCUGCUUGUGUUUUACGCGAUGGGCCAUGAAUUUUGGAGACCUCAUUGCAUACAGCCGUGGUUUGUACAAACACUAUGCAGUGUACACUGGGAAGAAUGAAAAGGGACAAGAUACGGUUGUCGAGUUUACAGGUGAAAGUGGACUACACAGUAAAGCAGGAGCCACUGUGAAGCAAGGUCUGCUCAAGCCUGAUGGAAAAGUCGUAAAUUAUGAUGAGAUUAUGGGAUUAAAACCACAACCCGUAGAUAAAAUGGAAAAGGCUGUUCAACAGCUUUUGAAGGAUGGGGGAGGAAAAUACGGAGUACUUGACAACAACUGUGAGCACCUGGCCACAUUUGUUCGCUACGGGAAACCUGUGUCCUUACAGGCAGAAGCCGUCCUUAAUACCCAAACAAGCUUUAACAACCAAUUGGCAGAAAACAUGGGUGCAUCUUUCCUUCCUCCGAUCUAUAAGAAGACUUAAAUCAUUUCUUCAAUCUGCAUGUUCCCUCCACUACACUCACAUGCUAUUUUAUUUUUAGUGGGGUUUUUUUUGUCAAACAAUAGUUGAUUAGUCUUGGUUUGAUCUUAUCUUUUCAUUUAACACAAUACACUGAGACGAUUGAUGUGUCAACUCGUUUUCUGUUUGCUGGGAACUCAUUCUUCUUUUAUGUAUCAACACCAGUAUUGCCAACCAUUUUUAAUGGAAAGUAGCUAAGGCUUGCUUGGAAAGUCGCUAAAUGUCGCUAGAUUACGCCAUUGCAUCAUUAGCAUAAUAGUGACGUGUUCACGUUGCAUUUGCAUUCUUACUACAUUGGCUGUUUUCAAGUAAAUAAAAAAUAAAACAUUGCUGUUUUCACA